AUGGAUCAAUCUUUUGGAGAGGAGGUAGAAUUUGAGAAGGAACAACAACAUUUGGAGUACGUUGAGCCUUACAAAUAUCACCCUUUACCAGUAUCAGAUCAAAUAUUGAUAUGGGAGCCCAUAUUCUCUAAACAUGUGAGUGAUGGUUUGGUUAGGUUAGAUUCUUAUCACUAUGCCAAAUCCCAGUCGACGGAUGCAAAGGCUAAGAAACCUUACAAAUCGAUACUACUGCGAGCCUUAUUUCUAACAAUAUGGAAAAGGGUUAUGUUUCUGAUACUUGGUUUGAUAGCGGUUAACCUAAUGACUAUGAGUAUCGCAAUCCUGGUUAAAAAAUUACUUGGAAUAUUGAACAAAAAAUCAUUCAAUUUUAUAAACACAGCUUUGUUGUUAUCAUCCAUAGUUGUUUUUCAAAUAAUAGAUGGGUUAUUUAUCGAAAAUAUAAACUUUUAUAUGUUUAGACUAAUAACCAUUUCUCACUACUUGUUUGCCAUAAAUGUUUUUAAUCAUGGCCUAUGUUAUAGACGAAGCUAUUUUAAUAACAUUGACGGCACUAAUACUCUUGGGGUGUGUAAUCAGGUUUUACAUAGUUCUUCACCUGAUUCUGAUUGUUCAAAGAAUCCAUUAUUCUGUCAGGCUUUACGUUAUCAAAAUAAGGAUAUCAACACACAGAUGUACUCUUUUGUUAAUAUCGAUUCCUACAACGUAUCCUUUGUAUUCCUUACGAUCAAACAAAUCAUAGAAUUUUUGUCUAAUUUUUCUUAUGGAGUAUAUUUACUUUCUUUGCAAGUUAAAGUUAACAUAUGGCUUCUAUAUUUUGUAGGAAUUUUCUUUUUCUUCUUGAUGAUCGUAGUAGAAAUUAUAAAUGUUUUUGUGUUUAGAUUCAUUCUUUAUUUAAAAGACCACAGGCUAAGUAAGUCCAAUGACAUUUUUCUUUCUUUAUCUCUUAUCAAGAAAAUGUUUUAUGAUGACAUUGCAAUUAAUAUUAUCACCCAAAGCAGAAAUAAUGAACUUUACAUGGUCUUUUUUGAGAUGUUUUUAACAGUUUUUGAUCUAGCAUUGCUCAUUAUAUGCAUUAAUGGGUCAUUUUACAUUAUAAAACAAUAUUUCGUUGAAUCUGUAAAAGAAGCCGCUGUUGUCACUGAUAUAGAUACUGCUGGAUUUAUGGCAACGUUUUAUAUAUUCCUAAGAAUUAUUAAUUCCAUGGUUUUGAUACCAUUUUCAAUCAAACUGUUUGGCAAAGCAUAUGCGUCGUUUAAACGAUUAGAUGAAUUCAUAAAGGAUUGUUCUCCGAAUUUUUAUAUUUGCGAUAACAAAUUCAGUGGGUCAACCAGUGUUCGUUCAAUUAUUAGUGAUACAACUACUAAAGUGCCCAAUGAUGUUGUAGUGUACUACAAGGAUGCCACGUUUACAUGGGUCCACACACGCGAUGAUUUACUAAACAAGAAAUAUGAAAUAUAUUUGAAAAACAUCAACUUUGAGUUGAAACGUGGUGAGAUGGCAAUAGUCACAGGUUCUCAGGGUUCAGGUAAAUCCAACUUUGUCAGAUCAAUAGUUGGUGAGAUGACUAUGGUCGGUGGAUCUAUGGCAAUUGUACCACUACACACAUCAAUGCCAAUAUUUUAUGCAUCACAAGAUAUAUUUUUACAACAGGGUACUAUCAGAUCCAACAUUGCAUUUGGUUAUAAGUUUGAUGAACAACUGUAUAAAUCUGUGUUGAAGGCAGUUGAACUGGAGUAUGAUAUAUCUACAUGGGAAAAGGGUGACCUUAGAGUAGUGUCUGAUAAUGCACCUUCUUUGAGUGGCGGUCAGAGAGUGAGAAUGGAGUUAGCUCGUGCAAUAUAUGCUUAUUUGGUGUUCCAUAAAGUCAACAAGGAGUAUAACAACAGCCAAUGUUCGUUCUUGAUGUGUUUGGAUGCCUCGUUUCAUGGUUUGGACCCAUAUGUGUCCAAAACUAUAUUCAAUAACCUGUUUAAUGUAAAAACUGGGCUAUUGGUUAAGAAUGAUUUAAGUGUUGUUUUAACAACAUCAAAACAAACACUUGAAAUAUGUUCAAAAAUGUUAGACCAAAACCAUAUACCUAAUCCUCCAAUUUACAAAAUAAAAAAUCAGACAUUGCAAUUCCAUUCCAAUCUUCAUGACUUUGUGAACAACAAUAAUGUAGAUACUGAAGAUUACAUGUAUUUAUCGGCUAGAAGCAGCGGCCCUUAUAACAUGAGUUAUUUAAGCAAUGAUAUGUUGAGAUUAUGUUCAUCUGAUGCCACUACGAGGCUAGGUAGAAUGGAAAUGACCAGGUCCAAAUAUAGCAAGUCGUUUAAGUCAUAUGCUAAGGAUGAAUUGGCGGGUAGUAAAUAUAAUCCAUAUUUUGUUUAUAUUAAACCAGCAAUACCAUUAUUCGUUCUGUACAUGAUAUUAACUGUGGUAAUGACAAUCAUGGAUAAUGUAAAACUUGUUUUGUCAACCAACUUAUCUGACUACAUAACCAAGAAUAUAAACCAACAUAAGGAUGGUCAAUUUGUUGAUUUGUCUGAAAUUAAGACUCGUAGUAACCUCUCAUUUAAAAUAACAAUUAUAUUUGUUUCAGUUAUAAUUGUGUUGUCGAUAUUUUCGGCGAUAUUUUUUGCUUUAACUUGUUUCACGUCAUCUCGUAAAAUUCACGAAUACUCUAUAAAUUCACUUUUUAAGAACAGUUCUUCAGUAUUAAAAAUAAAGAAAGAAAUUAACCAUCUCAUGACUUAUUUCUCAUGCGACAUUGUUAUUUUUGAUAGUUCAAUUGUUAUGUUUUUAUCAGGCUUUUUAUAUUUAUUGAUUCAGCUUUUGGUCAAUAUAGUUACUCUUCUUUGUUUGAUUCCCAUAUCUAUGCCUUUUGUUAUUCUUUCACUCGCUUUAUCAUUUAAGUAUAUUCUAUUAAAAAUCACCAAUUCAUCCAAAAAUUCUCAACUAGCAUAUUUUGAGUCCACUUCACAUCUCAAUUAUCCAUGUGAAAAUGCUAUUUCAGGAUCACCAAUAUACAGAUCCUUUAAUAAACAACCUGAAUUGAUUGUCAAUUUCACUGAAGACAGGGAUUAUAAUGCUAGGUGUAAAUUUUUUUCUCGAUUUGCACUUGUAUGGUCCACACUAACUUUUGAUUGGGUCUUUUCAUUAACGACAUUAUUGAUACUUAUCGCAUUAAUCACAUUGGAUAGAUUCACUAAAUUCAAGUUGAAAGUUGGUUAUUUUGGUUUGGCUCUAUCGUUUUCUAUGAGCAUUAUCAAAUUGUACAGCAGAUUUUCAAUAUUAUAUACUUCACUAGAAAUGUUCAUAUGUUCAGUGCAUCGAUUCAGGUAUUUCAUUCCUCCUGGCCAUAAGCUUAAAUUCGAUAAAUGUCUUAAUAUCCAUGAAGAGUACGUAGUUAAUCCUGCGAAUAAGGAUGUUCGUGAGCCUGAUAAGAAACAAUUGUUGAGGAGAAGGGCAAUUGAAUUCAAGGCUGAUAGCAAGAAGUUUUUUUGUUUAAAGAGACUUUUCUAUCGUCCCAAAUUAACCAUAGUAGAUGUUGGACAUUAUUUAACCGCUGAACAUUCAGGUGUUGAAUUGAAAGAUGUUUGUGUAUACACAACAUCCAUUCAUAAUAUUGAAGGGAUGAUUUUGAAACAUGUUUCAGUAUCAGCCCAUAAAUCUGAAAUCAUUGGUAUGGUUGGUAGAACAGGCGCCGGUAAGACAACUUUGUUGUCAGUAUUACAGAACAUAUCUACAAAUAGAACUGGUCAAGUGUUGUUGGAUGGCAAGGACCUUAAUGAUAUCCCCAAAGUUGUGCUUAGACAAAUAGUAGGUGUUCUACCACAACUGCCUUUUGUAUUUAAGGGUUGGACUGUGCGUAGAUUUUUAGAUCCCAGGAAAUUGUUCACUGAUGAUGAUAUUAAAUAUGCCCUAAACCAAUGUGGUCUUUUGAACUUUGUCUUUGAACUUCAGGGUGGAAAGAAAUUAGAUACUGUUUUAGUGCAAGAGGACGUUAGUUCAUGUUACCAACAAUAUAAGAAUAAAGCUUAUGAAAAUAGAAAGAGUGGUAAAAUAAGUAAGACAGGCUUUGAAACUGACAUGUUACUAUCCAAUAGUCAACUCAGGACACUAUGGCUUGCCAGACUAGUUUUAUAUAGACAUUUUUAUAGGAUGAUUGUUGUUGAUGAGCCUCCUGAGGAAGACCUAUUAGAUGAAAACAGUGCCAAAGACGAUAUAGGUGUUCCGAUUUAUGACCUUUUAGAAAAAUACUUUAGUCAUUGUACUACGUUCGUAACGGCACACGAUGUUAACACCCUGAAGAGCUGUACCUCUGUCUGGAUAAUACACGACGGUUCUCUAGUGAGGACCUGUAAAACCAGUGAUAUCGCAGUAAAUGAGUCUAUCGCAUCAAUUAUAGAAGAAAGUGUAAAAUAUUCACAUUAG